AUGUGGUUUUUUGCAAAGAAUGGGCCAUCUGGGUUCUCUUCUUCUUCUACAGCUGAGGAAGUUACCGAAGGGAUUGAUGGAACUGGCCUCACCGCCAUUGUAACAGGAGCGUCAAGUGGUAUUGGCGCUGAAACUACACGUGUCCUUGCCUUGCGUGGUGUACAUGUGGUUAUGGCUGUACGAAAUAUGGAUGCUGGAACAAAAGUUAAAGAAGCAAUACUUGAAAAAAAUCGCACUUCUAAAGUUGAGGUUAUGGAGUUAGAUCUGAGUUCAAUGGCAUCUGUCAGAAAAUUUGCAACGGAAUAUAAUUCCUCUUGUCUUCCCCUGAAUAUCCUCAUUAACAAUGCAGGUGUCAUGGCUCCUCCAUUUAUGCUUUCCCAAGACAACAUUGAACUGCAAUUCGCAACCAACCAUCUAG